AUGCCUAAAGUUAGCAUUUCCGGAACAAAGUACCGUAUGACUCUCGGUUUACCCGUGGGUGCUGUCAUGAAUUGCGCUGACAACUCUGGUGCUAAGAACUUGUACGUUAUUGCUGUCCGUAACAUCAAGGGUCGUUUGAAUAGACUUCCUGCCGCCGGUGCUGGUGAUAUGGUUGUUGCUUCCGUCAAGAAGGGUAAACCUGAAUUGCGAAAGAAGGUCAUGCCUGCUGUUGUUAUCCGUCAACGUAAGGCCUGGCGUCGUCGUGAUGGUGUCUUCCUUUACUUUGAAGAUAACGCUGGUGUCAUUGUCAACCCCAAGGGUGAAAUGAAGGGCUCUGCUAUUACUGGUCCUGUUGCCAAGGAAUGUGCUGACUUGUGGCCUCGUAUUGCCUCUGCUUCCGGUACCGUUGUUUAA